AUGGUGCAUUUGGACGCCGACGAUACGCCAGCUCCGGAGGAGACCCAGGUUGACCCUGCAACUUCCAUCCAGUUUCCGAAGAAUCUCCAAAUCCCUUCCAAAGUUCCCCUGCCAACGUUCACGCUAGUUGGUGUCGGUGUACGAACCGUGUCCUUCCUGGGGGUCAAAGUGUAUUCCGUCGGCUUCUAUGCUGAUUUGAGCAAUUCUGCAUUAAAUAUUCCCAAGACUGCCUCCCCACAGGAGAAAAUCGAACAUAUUGUCGAAAACGCUGCGUGCGUAAUCCGAAUAGUCCCUACGCGGUCUACAUCGUACAACCACUUGAGAGAUGGAUUCAUGCGUGCGCUCCAGGGCCGCAUGCGUCUUUUGCAGCAGAAAGGUUUGCUCUCGUCUGAAGAAGAGGCUUCUGCACAGUCGCCUAUGCGGAAACUCAAGUCACUUUUCCCCAACACUCCGCUGGCCAAACAUACACCCCUGGAUAUUCUUUUGACCCCGCCGGAACCAUCUCACCCGCGUUCCCUGAUUUUCCGCGAUCUUGGGGCUGUCCAAAGUGACUGGGUCGCGAAACACUUCGUCCUGGCUUAUUUCGAAGGCGACGGUAUCAGUCCACCGCUCAAACAGUCUGUCGUUGCGAAUCUGGAGAAUUUUGGGAAGUGA